CUCCGCCUCUGUCGGCAAGAUGGAGGCUGGGCUCGGCCGCCUCCGGGAAGCGGCACCUGAGGCCGGAGAUGGGGAGGGGCCGCAGCCCCGCCGGCCCAGUUGAGGCAGCUGGCCCACGUCGCGGUCCGGAGGCAGAGGCGGGCGUGGCAGGAGAGGCCCGGAGGCCACUGCGGGCACGACAGUAGCUACCGUGCAGAGGCAGUGGGGAGAGCGCCUGUUGAGGUGCACAGCUCGGGGAGGCGGCAUGAAGACAACCCCCCACCCGCAGGUGCUGGGGAAGGCGCCCCUUGGGAUUGGCCCCCGCCACAAUGGCAGACGGGACCGGAAGUCCAUCACCCUGCAUGUGAAGCUGGAAGUGCUUCGCAGGCUUGAGGAGGGUGAGAAGCUGACGCAGAUUGCCCGGGCCCUGGGCCUGGCCGCCUCCACUGUCGCCUCGAUCCGUGUCAACAAGGACAGGAUCCGGGCCAGUUCUCAGGCAGCCACACCCGUCAGCACCACCCAGCUGACCCGCUGCCGGGGUGUGUUGAUGGGCCGCAUGGAACGCCUGCUGAGCCUGUGGAUCGAGGAGCAGAAGCGGCAGAACCUGCCCGUCAGCACGCUGCUUAUUCAGGACAAGGCGCGCCGGCUGUUUGCCCAGCUGCAGCACGAGCAAGGUGGCGGCGCCCAGGCUGAGACCUUCGGGGCCAGCAAUGGUUGGUUUGCCCGUUUCAAGGUGCGCCACAAUGUGCUGUUGACGGAUGAGCCAGCGGUGGCUGACGCCCAGGCCGCUGCGCGCUACCCCCCAGUGCUGCGCGCCAUUCUGGAGGAGGGCUGCUACUCGCCUCGGCAGGUCUUCAACGUGGACGAGACGGGCCUGUUCUGGAAGCGGCUGCCUGAGCGCGUGCUUCUGGCGCUGGAGGGGACAGCUGGGCCUGGGCCCAAGGCCUCUAAGGACCACCUGACCCUGCUGCUUGGUGGCAAUGCGGCUGGUGACUUCAAGCUGAAGCCCCUGCUGGUGUACCCCUCCGAGAACCCGCGUGCCCUCAGGGGCUGCUCCAAGGCCAGCCUGCCUGUGGUCUGGCGCUCUAAUCGCAAUGAUUGGUUGACACCUAGCAUCUUCCAGGAGUGGUUUACUGGCUGUUUCUGCCCCGCUGUGGAAAGCUACUGUGCCAGCCACGGCCUCCCGCACCGCAUCCUGCUGCUGCUGGACAGCGCGCCCUGCCACCCUGUCCACUUGGGUGGCCUCUCGGCCCAUGUGCGUGUGGAGUUCCUGCCCAAGAACACAUCAGCCCUGAUCCAGCCCAUGAACCAGGGUGUCAUCGCCGCCUUCAAGGCCCAUUAUCUGCGCCGCACGCUCAGCCAGCUGGUCCAGGAGACGGCGGGUGCAGACCGGCCUUCUGUGCGGGAGUUCUGGCGCAGCUAUACUGUCAUGACUGCUGUGGACAACAUCGCCGAGGCCUGGGCAGAGCUGCAGCCCGCUACCAUGAACAGUGCCUGGAGGAAGCUCUGGCCUGACUGUGUGCCUGCUGGUGCCCCUGAGCCCAGCGCCGCUCCCCAGCUCCGCCACAGCGUUGUGGCACUAGCCAGCCACGCAGGCCUCGGGGACGUCGCCGAGGCCGAUGUUGCCCACUUGCUGCAGGCCCGUGGGGAGCCCUCACCCGGCAGCAUCCCCCGCCAGGAUGUGGAGGGUGGGGAUGUCAGUGGCUCUGGGCUGCCCUGUGAGGCAGGGAAAGGCCUGGCUUCCAGAAGACCAGAGUCAGAUCUCAUGGGGGCCACGGGGGAUGUGGAGACGGAGGGAGCGGGUGUGGGUGCGCUGCGCCCUGAGCACCUGGCCCAGGCACUGUCCCACUUUGCUGCUGGCCUGCGAGUCCUCAUAGAGAAUGAUCCCAACCGGGAACGCAGCCUGCGGGUGUCCCGGGGUGUCCAGUGUGCCCUCGCCCACCUCCGGGAGCUGCACCGUGAGAGGAGGCGACAGGCCCGGGCAGCUGUGGGAUCUCGAGAGGCCCCGUGAUGGUG